CGUUGAAAAUUCACACACCUAUUUAACAUCGAACCUUUGUACGACAAAAUUUUCAUUUCAAUCAGAGAAUGCUAACCUUCAAACUAUAUGCCAUUUACCAAUUUUUAAGCAACGCCUCACUUUUCAGAAACUCAAAUUUUUGAAGCCCAUUUCAGGGGAAUUCAAAAUUUCAUGGUUGAAUGGUGAAGGGUGAUAUGAUCAUCCAUCACCUUAAACCCUUCUCUUCCUCAUCUCCCUCACCCAAGAAAAAGGUGUGAGAAGAAGAUAAGCCCCAGUUUCUUUUUCUUGUUUUUUUUUUUUUUUUUUUUUUUUUUGGUUUCCUUCAUAUAUAGAGUCCAUAUAUAGAAUGGGUGCAAAUUUGAGCUUCCCAGAAUGGCAGUCUAUGUCAAGCUUGGUGGCUUUCUUUCUUGUAAUAUACUUGAUUGGAUUUGGGAUAGAAAACGUUGUUGCAGAAGAUCAGCAGCAUUGCAGGAUCAAUAAUAUUACCGCAAUCCUUCCUCCUCCCUAUGGAAACAUGAGAAACAUGAUUUGUCAGAAUGUUUGGGAUAGCUUCACGAUACGGUUCUCCCAGUCAAAAGACUAUGUUGUUACAAUUGUAUUAUCAGCUACAUACACAACUGGAUGGGUAGGAAUGGGAUUUUCCAGCGAUGGAAUGAUGAUUAACUCUAGCUGCAUGGUUGGAUGGAUACCCCCAGCAGGUGGUAAGGGACAAAUCCUUCAGUACCAUGUAGAGGGAACGAUGCCCUCCGAGAUAAAACCCAACAAAGGUGAAUUGCCAUUGACAAAAACCCCACCCCUUGCUGUGCUCCAAAAUGGCACAAUAUACUUAGCCUUUCAAUUGGAAUACCCAACCCCUCUAGGACCCCAGCCAGUGGUUCUUGCAUAUUCCUCUGAAUAUCCCCACCAGGAUCUCCUCCUAACUCACCAUGACGACAAAACCAGCAUCAUUUUCGAUUUCUCGACAUCCAAGGCGGCUGCAUCGGCUAGCAUCAAAAGAAUGAAGAUGAUUCAUGGGAUAGUGGGGAUAUUGGGGUGGGGGUUUUUCCUCCCUUGUGGAGCAAUGGUUGCUAGAUACCUUAAGAAUCAUAAUCCGUUAUGGUUUUACCUGCAUAUAUGUUGUCAGGUCACAGGAUUCUUGUUGGGAUUUGUUACUGUGAUUGUAGGACUGCAACUCUAUAACCAGCUGGAUUGCGAUUUCCCAACGCACAAGGGCAUUGGCAUUCUUCUCCUUGUCCUAAGCAUUCUCCAGAUGUUCGCACUUUUCCUACGUCCCGAUGAAGACAGUCCCUACCGAAAGUACUGGAAAUGGUAUCAUUCAUGGGUUGGAAGGACUGCUCUCUUCUUUGGAGCUUUGAACAUAGUUUUGGGGAUGCAUUUUGCAGAAGCAGGAAGUACAUGGAAGACCAGUUAUGGAGUCAUUGUUGGUUUGACCAUAUUGACAUGUAUUGUUUUGGAAGUAUUUGUAGAGCAGAAGUUAAAUGAUCUGCCACCCCCUGCCACUUCCUGAUGAUCAAUUUAAUUAUUUACAUGAAGUUUAAUUUACUGAAACAAUAUUAGACUGCUUGUGUAGCCCAGAUGAAUCUACCAUAACAGCAAACAGUUUUAAUAAAAACCCUAAAAAUUCU